GUUCGGCGUCAGCCUCCAGAAACGAAACUCUGUGAGCCCUCCGCCAGCCGGAACCCGCCUCCAUCCCCCGGGACCCAAGCUCCGCGCCACAGCUCGGCCGCCGCCGCCGCCGCCGCAGGUCCCACCGCCACCGCAGGUCCUCCCGCCGCAGGUCAUGGAAGAGGAGUUCCAGUUCCUGAAGUGCAGCAGCUGCCAGACUGAAGGCAACUGCCCCAAGCUGCUUUCCUGCAUGCACACCUUAUGUUCCAGUUGCCUGGAGACAAAUGGCCCCGAAAGCCAUUGCCCCAUCUGCUCUGCCACCCUCCCCCUCGGUACUGACAACCUCUUGUUUGAGAGCUUACAGCGCCGGAUCGACAUCUACCGCAAGAUCAUCGGUGCUCAGGAGGCAGUGUGUGACUGCUGCAAGCAGCCGGCUGUCUUCUGGUGCUUCGAGUGUGAGCAACUCAUCUGCAGCAAGUGCUUCGAGGCCCACAAGUGGUUCCUGAAGCACGAGGCCCGGAGAAUGGACGAUCUGAGGAGCGAGUCGGCCAAGGACUUCCUCGAGGCUACCCGGAAGACCAACAACCUGUUUUGUCCUAAUCCUUCCCACCGGACACCCAUCUUGACCAGCAUUUAUUGCCGAGGGUGCUCGAAGCCUAUCUGCUGCUCUUGUGCGUUGCUGGACAGCACCCACAAGGACCAGUACUGUGCCAUCAGUGUGGAGAUCCAACUGAAGCAGGAGCAGCUGGUGAAGAUGACCCAGUCUCUGAGGAACCAGAAGGAUAUCUUCGACACGGCCCACAGGGAGCUCCAGUCUGCAGCUGCCAGCUUGAGUCAGGUGCAGCUGGAGACCCAGGAGCUGAUCCGCUCCAAAGUCCGUCUGAUGAUGGAACAGAUCCAGGACAAAGAGAGAGAGCUGCUGGAGAUGGUGGACCAGCAGUACCGCCGUGGCUACGAGGAGAUGGCGAGGAAGCUGACGCACACAGAUGCCGUGUUGAAGAGGAUCCGGGCCGGUGAGCUGAUAGUGGAAAAAAUGCAGCUCUAUGCCUCGGACCAGGAGGUCCUGGAGAUGUAUCCCUUCAUCCAAAAGGCCCUAGAGGGGCUCCAGAGAGAGCUCCCAAUGGAUAUGAGACCAGCGGUCCAGGUGGAGUUUGAAGAGUGUAAAGCUGAACUGCAGGCCCUCUUUGCCCGAGUCACCGAGGACAGAGAUGCUGCUGACCCAGAUAGCACUCAUCAUGCUGCCUCUGGUGGACUUACUGUCAUUACCACGGACAGCAACUCGCAUGAGGAAUCCAGGAAGCCAAAGAUUCAAGUCCAUUCCACACCUAUGUUCACCUUCAGCUUUGACGACAGAAUGGCCCCCUCUAGCUCAUCCACUCUAAAGAGGAAAGCAGUGCAGACCAGCAUCUCCUGCCACAGCCCCAGGAAAGCCAUAAAGGAGGAGGCUGGGGACAGAUAUUUGAAGACCAAUGACGAGCUGGAGCAAGACUCCCUGGAUCUGCCUGGCACCAGCAGCUCACAGCCAAUGCCCCGGCAGAGCCAGGACAGCCCGCUCAGCCCAGGCCAGGGCUCCCUUGUGCAGUCUCCAGAUCCUAUUGUGGUGAUCAGCAGUUCCGAGGACACCGAUGAUGACACAGUGUAAUCCCCUGUUUUAAGGGAGAGAUCAUACUACUCAUCCCUGGACUGGACCAAUCCUGAAGCCCCAGGCGGAGCAGCCUGUUCCCUCAGCGGAGGGGAGGGCACGACCUUCUCUCUAUUGACCUUCAUAGCAGUUGCAAAGGACCAAUCAGACAUUUAGUGGGCCUAAUUAGUACUUAGAAUAAAUGCCUCGAGGUGCAAGACUGAACCCCCACAA